GUUUGAAUGGUUUGCCUGGAAUAAAAGGAGACCAAGGUAAUUACUGCACUAGUUUACUAUAUAAUCACGUUAUCAAUAGGACAAUAUCAUAUAUUUUGACGGAAUUAACUCCUCGGUUUUUACGGUAUGUGAUUACGUUUUUAAACAUAUAACAGCCAAAUAUCCGAUUGAAAAAUAUGCUUUUUGUUAUUAUUGUUUUUUCAUCUAAAGCACUCGCUAAGCCAAAACAGGGAUGUUGUGUAUUUUUGACGAUGGAAUCGAGUAGAUAAAAUAUCAUUUCCGAAAUUGUGUAUACCACAGAUGCCAACGACAUAUACAUGUAAAGAUUGUAAAAUGUAAGAGGUCAUCUUUAUAACAGUAAUCAUCAUUUUUGAAUAUUAUUAGUAGUUGAACAGCCAACACCUGUUUUUCUUAAUAUCUUAUAAUUAGAAGACUGAUUAUGAUUGCAAAUAAGACAGUGGUUGUAAGCAAUUAUAGGUACCUGUAUAUCAUUUACAGUUACAAAAACGAUGAUGUUCUUACGAGGAUAUUCAUCAUUUGUUGAUAAAAAAAAUCAUAUUUAUUUUGAACAAAGUUUGCAUUUGCAGUAGGUCAACAUCACAUUCUUUAGGGGAUUAUUCCCGCAGGUAUAUGAUUACGGUGUUUAAAAAUAUAACAGCCAACUAUUCAACUGACAAAUACGUUUUUUUGUAUUUAUUUUUUUCCGUUUAAAGCAUCGGAUUGUUGUUUAUAUUUGACGAUGGAAUUGAAUUGAUAAAACACCAUUUUCACAGUUGUGUAUUCCACAGUUGCCAACGACACAUACAUGUAAAGAUUGUAAAAUGUAAGAGAUCAUCUUUAUAACAGUAAUUUUCAUUUUUGAAUAUUACAAGUAGUUUAACAACCAAAACUGGUAUCGUAAUCAAUACUCCCUAUGUAAUGAUCUUUUUCAGUUAUGUAUAUCAGUUAUGUAUACGAAAUAAUGCCCCACAAAAAUGAUUUCCAGGUCCAUAUUCAAAGAAAACAUUCACUCAUCAUACUUCUGAAAUCAUUCCUUUUUGAAAAAAAAUAUCAGAUAACAACGUUUUCUAAAUUUUAUCCAUCCGAGGCGUUUUCUAUAUAAACCUUAAACAGGAAAACUCAAAACCGAAUAUUUGAGAGCUAAUGAUAUAUAAGAAUCGAAACGGUCGAAGAGGCAUGUGAUAAAAAAAAAGGAUCGAAAAGAACUAAUAUUAAAAUCAUGAUUGCUUCCAUUAGCGAUGCCUUUCAAGAGAAUGAAAAACAGUCAAAGAAUAAAAAAGUUCAAAUGAUUACAAAUGAUAUGGUUUAUACGUAUGAUUAAUCUAUAUAUAAUAAGAGUUUUCUUCCAAAGGUUUGGAUGGUUUACCUGGAAUUAAAGGAGAGCAAGGAUCACCAGGUAUGCCAGGUUCAUCUGCUUCAAUACCGUCUGGUUGUAGGUGUGAUGAGUUAACUACAAUUACAACAGAAAAUGAAUCAGUUAUCAUGACAAAGAAUGAUCAAUCAAUUGUGCCAACCAUUAUCAUUGGGAUUAUACUGUUUAUCACAGACUUGGUGGUGAUUGGUUUGUUUAUUCUUGUAAAAAAAGACGCAAAGUCCAUUACACCUGCGAGUUCAGAGGCUAGAUAUCAAUCUGUCCAACCCAGAGAUCAAGCUGAAAAUGACGAACGCUACAGACAACUUGAACAUGCUGCAGAAUCUAGAGAUCCGAAUCAUUAUACGGAAGUUAAUGAUUGACACGAUGUUGCCAAUUGAUAUUAUGUCUUUUGGCAUGUUUUGUUUUUAUGUGUUAAUGUAGAAAUUUGGUACAUUAAAUUGCAAUAUGCUUAGGCUAAAUUCCAUACUUAUACUUAAAAAAGACUUAAAAAAGACUUGAGUUUAUUUCUGGUAUUUCAUGAGAUUGUCAUUAAUCUAAUUUUAUUUUUUAUCUGUGAAAAUUAACUCAUCAUUGAUACCAGGACUAAAUUGUAUAGAAAUGUAAUUCACAUUUUAUCGCUUAGCAUUUGCCAUGUCGUUGCAGGUCUUUCUUUUUAAUAAUCUCAAAUUUAUAAACCAUAAACCAGAUGACUUAUAAUGUGAAAGAACUUUUAUUUAUGGGUAUCAUUUUGCAUAGUUUCAGCAAAAUUAACAUGUUCGUAGGCUCGUAGGUUCGUUAAUUCAUAGUUUAAAAUUUUCCGAAAAAAAGUCAAAUGACGAAUUUGAGGACUGUGAAAACGAAUACUCGUGAUAUUAAUCAUAUGUUGUUUUGUGAUUAUUUGAGGGACAUUGCAAAAAGGUGUUUACGUCCACUUACUUGUUCAUUCUUCAUUUCUAGCAAAAUUCUAAACAGAGUUGAAAUCAAAUAAAUGUAUUUGAAAGUAAGAGAUUUAAAAAAAAAAAACAUGUUAAACACCACCGCAUUUUUGUGCUUGUCUCAAGACUAUUUUUAAGCUUGUAUGAUUUUUAAUUUUAAUUUCGUUUAUUCAUUUCGCAGUUGAGUACGACGUCCAUUAUCACUGAACUUGUACACAUGUUUGUCUAUGGGUGACCUGAAGAACACCUCCGGUUGCGGGAUUUUCUUGCUUUAUUGAAGACCAAUAUGUGGCCCUAGGCUGUUUUUCGCAUUUGAUCGGGUUAUUGUCUCUUUGACACUUUCCUCAUUUCCAUUUUUUAUUAGAUGAUCUAUGCUUACACAUUGUGUCAUUAGAAGGCAAAAUGCAGAUUGAAAAUUUUAAUUGUUGCACACGUGAAAUCAUAAGUUUUGAAACUAUUAACUUUUGAUCAAAUAUCAACAGAUUUACAAUCAAUACGAUAUCAAAGGUAUUAAUAAGGUCAUAAACAUAUGACUAAAUGAAAACUGUAACAUAUGUGAAAAUGUUCCAAAUGUAAUUGAAUUGUAGAAUUAGUUGUUAUGAAAUAAAACGCAAGCUAAAAUGAAAUCCAUAUGGUUUGUUUUUUCUUCAAAUGAAAAUUAUGAAAACUAUGAAAAUAAACACUUUAGUAUCGCAUAUAUUAACUCGAGAAUUAUUUCUCAUGAGAAUCAAGAAAUUAACAGUCGUAUUUUUAAAGAUCAUAUGGGUAAACUGCGGUCUGAUUUUGCCCAAUAAUGUGUAUUAAGAGCGUUAGAUUAAAUAACCGUAUCCAUGUUAUCAAAUCUGCAUGGGAAUCACGUCAUAUACAGAAGUGGACAACAGUUGUUAUAUUUAG